AUGUGCCUCUUAUUCGAUACUCUUAUACGACACUCUGAGUUGGACGUGUUUUAUGACGAAGCGACGUUUAUGACAAAGGGGUUGCGCACACCCCUAUUGCAUCGCCGUUUCCAGGGAGGAUCUGGGCAGACUCCGCUGCCGAAGAAGAAAAACCUGUUAUCAAGCAGCGGGGAAGAGGGCGCCGGCAGAGCAGGGGUGGCUCGGCUGCGACCAGGCUAA